AUUUCUUCCUACAAAGAUCCCUCUCAAAAUCAAGAAUUUCCCCUUAAAUUUCGACUUUUUUCGUUUUAGAUUCUUUUACUUUUACUUUCUCUCUCUAAUUCGACCCUCCAUAUCCAUUGCCAUUCCCAUAUCCUGCUCUACAAUAAAUUUUGUCGCACCAUGCAAAAACGAAAGCUGGGUUUUCUGUCUUUCCUCCAUAUACUACCUGAUGUUGACUUUUUAUAUCCCAAUAUGUAGAAUUUUCGUUUUCUUGAGCUUCUUUUAAUUCUAGGAUUUAAUGCGUUUCUUAUUUUUUUAAUCCAUCACAUCAUCAAUAAAAGCACAAUUUCGAAUUGCAUUUUGAAAUAUUAAUAUUUGGCAUUAGGGAUUUUUAUGGUAAUUUAUUUUCUGGUCAUUUUGUAUAAUUUUCUACAAUGGGUUUCAAUGGAUCUGAAGGGUGUUCUCGAAAUUCGAGAUUUUGGCUGUUGAUUUGAAGAACUGUUUGGUAAUGUUGGUACUGAGUGUGUAUUGUAAAAUAAAGAAAGAUAUAAAUUUUUAGGGAAAUUAAUUAUGGAUCAUGUGAUUGGAGCCAAGUUUAAGCUUGGGAGAAAGAUUGGUAGUGGAUCUUUUGGAGAGCUUUAUUUGGGAGUAAAUAUACAAACUGGGGAAGAAGUUGCGGUGAAGUUGGAAUCUGUUAAAACCAAGCACCCUCAACUUCGCUAUGAAUCAAAGUUGUAUAUGCUUCUUCAGGGAGGAACUGGGAUCCCCCACCUUAAAUGGUUUGGAGUUGAAGGUGAAUAUAAUGCCAUGGUUAUUGAUCUUCUUGGGCCGAGUUUAGAAGAUCUGUUUAACUAUUGCAAUAGGAAGUUCACAUUGAAAACAGUUCUAAUGCUCGCUGAUCAGUUGAUUAAUAGAGUUGAAUACAUGCACUCUAGAGGUUUUCUUCACCGUGACAUAAAGCCCGAUAAUUUCUUAAUGGGUUUGGGCCGCAAAGCAAAUCAGGUUUACGUCAUUGACUAUGGACUAGCAAAGAAAUACAGAGAUCUUCAAACUCAUAAGCACAUACCAUACAGAGAAAAUAAAAAUCUCACAGGAACAGCUCGUUAUGCAAGUGUCAACACCCAUCUCGGAGUUGAGCAAAGCAGAAGGGAUGAUCUGGAAUCUCUUGGAUACAUCCUUAUGUACUUUCUCAGGGGAAGUCUUCCAUGGCAGGGCUUGAGAGCUGGCACUAAGAAGCAAAAAUAUGACAAAAUUAGCGAGAAGAAAAUGCUUACACCCAUAGACUUGCUCUGCAAAUCUUAUCCAUCGGAGUUCAUAUCAUAUUUCCAUUACUGCCGAUCAUUGCAAUUUGAAGAUAAGCCCGACUAUUCAUACUUGAAGAGGCUUUUCCGAGACCUUUUUAUUCGAGAAGGUUAUCAGUUUGACUAUGUGUUUGACUGGACUAUGUUGAAGUAUCCGCAGAUUGGCGGCUCCAGUUCUAGACCACGAGAAACAAUGGGGAAAUUACCUUUAAACCCUGGAUCAUCAGCACAAAGAGUCGAGAAGACUCCAGUGAAGCAAGAAGUUCAAGACAGAUUCUCAGGUGCAGUGCAGGCAUUUACUAGAAGGAAUGGUUCUAGUACAGGCAUGCACGGGGAUCACUUGAGGCACAGAUCUACCGAGGAUGCACCAUCAUCAAAAGAUGUGCUCUUUGAGUCUGAACGAGGACGAGUGUCUCGACCUGGCAGUAGUUCAAGGAGGCCAGUAUUGUUGAGCAGCAGGCCUAGCUCCUCAGGGGAACCCAGUGAAAAUCGUCAUAGACGACUGGGCUCCGGCAGUGGACGUCUAUCCACCACCCAAAGAUUACAACCUGGAAUUGAGUCCAAAACAUCUUCUUUCACUCGUGCUCCAGCUCCAAGAAGUGCCCGUGAUGAUGCUCUCCGAAGCUUUGAGUUGCUAACAAUUGGCACAGGAAAAAGGAAGUGAUGUAAUGCCAAAAUUUCAAGUUUUCAGUUACCCUAUUCCAAUUUUAUAGAUUUUUUUUCUUCCUCGUCAAUUCUUGUUGUAUCAAGAAUAUUAAUUUGGGAACAUACGGUCAUGUCUGUGAAAUAUAAUUAUGUUCAAUAUGUUCCUUUUUUUUUUCUGCUUAUUAAUGUGCAAAAGGUGGAAAACCUUUAACACGGAAGAUGUGUACUGGUUCAUUUGUAGUUGAAACUUUUGCACUUA